AUGGAGCGGGAAAAGGAGCCAAAUAACCGGUACUUCUGUUCAUUCGGCGGCUGCUCGGCAGCUUAUAACAAACAGUGGAAGCUGGACGCGCAUCUGUGCAAACACACCGGAGUGAAGCCAUACACGUGCGAACACGAGGGCUGCGGUAAGUCGUUCUGUGACCCGUAUCACCUAGCAAGACACGAGCUCACUCACAACGGCGAGAAGCCCUUUGGAUGCACCGUGGAAGGCUGCGCGGAGGCCUUCACAACCAACUCGAACCGGGCCCGACACAUGAGCCGCGUCCACGCUCAGGAGCACAAGAAGUAUGUUUGCACGUUUGAGGGUUGUGGGCUUGAAUUCAAAAAGAACAAGCAGCGUAAGUCCCACAUGUGCGAGGAGCACAGCCACCUGCCUCCCUACAGGUGCUCUCACGAAGGCUGCCAGAUGCGCUUCGCCUUUCCCAGCAUGCUGAGGCGCCAUGAGAAGGUGCACAGAGGGUACCCCUGCACCGAAGACGCCUGCAGCUUCACCGGCAAGACCUGGACCCAGUACCAGCGGCACCGGAAGGAGCAGCACCGGCUCACAUUGCGCUGUGAUAAGUGCAGCAGAGUGUUCAGGGACUCCUGGUUCCUGCAGCAGCAUCAGCACGUCCACUGCGACACGCGUGUGGUCUACAAGUGUCCCGAGGAAGACUGUGAGCGGACGUACACCACGACCUUCAACCUGCAGAGUCACAUCCGCUCCUUUCACGAAGAGCUCAAGCCUUUCGCCUGCACCCACCCAGGCUGCGAGAAGACCUUUGCUAUGAAGCAGAGCCUGCGGCGCCACAGCGUUGCCCACGACCCGGAGAGAAAGAAGCAGAGGAAGCCGAACCACAAAAGAUCUCUGUGUUCCAGGUUGAGCGGCUACAAUGAGAGAAAGACAUUAAUCUGCAAAAAGCCAAAGAAUUGUGAAGCCGAGCUGGACCAGCAGACUGCUCCACGUGGUUCUGUUGAACUGGUGUCGCUCCUGCAGGACACGUCACUGCUGUGUGGACCUGCUGUGGACGCGCAUGGACUUACUAAUGCCUUGACUGCACCUCUGACUGUGUAGUGUUUCAUGAUUGAGCUCCAGAAUUAUGAGCACAGCGCUUACUGGACAAUGUGCUUGUCGGACACUUUGGUGUUGCAUUAAAUUAUUCCAUGCCUGUUCAGUCGCCUUAAUUCCUGGGACCUAAGCUGGUUUACACUAUUUCUGAAAGAGUCUGUAUACUGGUAGUAGCGGAACCAUGUGACUGGGUCUGCUCUGGAGAACAGAGUAAUCAUAUUAUGUGUAACCGUAAUUAUGUGACAUGUAAACAUUGGUUUGUUUUCAAUGUGAUAAACAAAAUAAAUGUUUGUAUUGUAACAAUAA